CGUGAUAUUGAUCAGCUGUGACGAUGCGGCCGACUGCACCUUGGAUUCCAGUCCGAAGCGAGCGGCGGAGCCGGUGAGUGGUCGGUCGGUCGGCAGGCGCUUGUGACCUUAGUUUUUCCGGGCGGGACGGGACAAAGAGCGGCCGGUGCGCCUUUGUUUGCAGCUAGCGGCCGGACCAGCUGAGCGGAGGAGCCGCCGCCAGUUCGCCUCGCGACCUUCUCCUGACAAGACGGCUGGACUAUUUAUCGUCUUCCAAAUCACCUGCUCCGCUCGACGUGUGAUAUACUCGGUGGUGACGAACAUUUUAUGGUGUCAAUUCGCGGCUGCCCCCUCUUCCGCCGGGAGCGAGCUGUAAAUUUUACACGUCGGCAUGAGCGCCGGCGAGUCUGCCGUGUUAAGAUCGGUCAAGCCGCAUGUCGGCAAGGAGAACGCGAUGCUUCCCCCACUGACAUCGCCAAGUCGCGUGCUGUCCCUGUCCAGGGGCCAGAAGUACGUUGGCCCCAAGACCGGCCAGGUUCGUCGUCCAACCGCCGACGAGGAACCCAAGAUUCACAGAGCUACCUCGCCAAUACCGUCCGAACAAAAUGUCCCAAAUCAACAGAGAAGAAUACAGCAACUGGAAAAGUCAAUACUGUUCAUGCGCGAGCACCACGACAAAAUUGUAUCUGCUCUUCACGAGGAGAUUGAUGAGUUGAAGCGGAAAAAUAAAGAGUUGAACUUCCGGCUAGUGAUGUCACCGGCCAGCCUGCCGGCACACCUACUGAGCCCGGAGGAGGACCAGCCGCCCAGCUCAUCGCCCCGCCACCAGGCGCGCGCCACCGCCGCCGUCGACAUCGCGCCGGCCCACCCGGUCCAGCUGGAGCUGAUGGAGGGCGAGCUGACCGAGCUGCGCCAGGCGCUGCGCCAGGAGCGCGAGCGCAGCGACCAGCUGGCCUCCGACCUCCGGCAGGUCGAGGUCGAGAGGAGCGUGCCUGGCACCGCGGCCGGCCGGCCCGACGGCGAGGUGGCCGCGCUGGAGCAGCAGCUCUCCGCCGCCGAGACAGCUAUCCGCCAGCUGAAGCGGGAGCGCGACGAGUGCCAGCGCGAGCUGCACCGCAUGCGCAGCAGCGUUCAGUUCCGGCCGCCGUGCCCACCGCCAGCCGGCCUGGUCAAGCACAGACCGGAGACCCGCGGCAGCACAGCGCCGGCGCGGCCGGCCGACUCUCGCGGCAGUUCAUCCCAGGGAUCGUUGCCGGCACUGCCGCGCGCCCGAGCCAGGCAGCCACCGCCGCCGCCGCCCCGCGCCCCCAAACAGUGA